UAUGUGAUAAUUAUACUGUUUGGUGUGAAGGAAAGUAUUAUAUCAUGACAAUUUGGGCGUAGUGUGUUUGCAAUUAGGACUUCUGGAACAUACCAAAUGUUGAAAUAUCAAUUCUGAUAAAAAGCCAGCAAUAGCAAUAGUAUCUCAUGUUGAAUGUUAUUUUCAAUGCACCUAAAGUAAUCUAAUAACGAACUGAUUAAAUGUUAUUUUGGUAAGCUAUAAAAACGUUUGCUUUCUAGUUGAAGCUUUCAUUUUUCAUUAAAAACUGGAUUUUUAUUAUUGAGGAUUACAACCAAACCGUCAAUACAACUACCAAAAUGCUUGAUGUUUCAACUGUUCUUGUCACUGGAGCAAAUCGAGGACUUGGUCUUGAAUUUGUUCGUCAACUAGCUUCAUCUGAACCUAAAAUCUCGCAUGUUAUUGCCACAUGUCGAGACCCAGAUUCUGCUGAGGAAUUGAAAUCGUUAGCCAAAACCAACGAUAAUGUUCAUAUAUUGAAACUGGAAGUAACUGAUUACAAUUCCUAUGACGCCUUCUAUGCUGAAGUUGAAAAAAUUGUUGGUGAAUCAGGUUUAGACCUAUUGAUAAACAAUGCUGGAAUAUUGAUCCCUACACCUCUUGAUGCAGUCACACCCGAAGAGUUCAUGAAAAAUUUCGAAGUCAAUGCUGUCGGACCUUACGUUUUAGCCAGAAAAUUAACUCCUCUCAUCAAAAUUUCUCAACGAAAGUUAAUUGUUGCAAUCUCAUCUACCGCUGGAAGUAUUGAAAGAAGUAGUGCAAGAAUGGGAGGUUUUCCUGCUUACAAGGCCAGCAAGGCUGCACUUAAUAUAGUUACUCGAACCUACGGUGAUCAUGUAAAGAAGGAUGGUAUCAUAAGUGUAAUGUUCUGCCCUGGUUGGUGCAAGACUGAUCUUGGUGGACCCAAUGCAAUGCUUGAAACAGAUUUCAGUGUUUCCAAUAUGAUAAAAACCAUCUCGACUCUUAAUGCUGAUUCUAGUGGAUCCUUCCUUAAUUAUGAAGGAAAGCCAGUGCCUUGGUAGUCAUUUAAUUAUCUAAAUAGAUUGUUAUUACAAUUAUUAAAACUGUAUUGAAAUUAAAGUUUCGAUGAUCAAUAAUAAAACUCAAUAUUCAGAUACUGACAAAAAA